AUGCGCCGACCAACAUAAACAGCUGGGGACCUCUGAACACCUGGAGGCCUUGUCUUUAGCAACAAGUACCACAACAUACAUGUCAGCCUUAGUCAGUCAGUGGACUGCUGGCAGGGCGGUACAUGUGAGUUUCUGAACAGUAAACCCAAUCUGACACGUAGGUUAGGUCUGUGACCGACACGGAAAUGGAGAUCACUGUUAAGGGAAAUGCCAAAAGGAGGCACCUGAAUGCAGGGGAGUGUGAUGAGUUGGGACAGAGUGCAAAGGGCACUAAUGUCCUCACCCAACCCCACACCGUCAACCACGGGCAGGGAACUCGCAACCCAAACCGGGGGCUUUACCCAAGGACACCCACCAAGCGGCGGAAGUGUGCCUCUCUCACACCAUCAGCAUCUGCCUCAGGAAGUCCCGCAGGGAAACAGAAGGCCAUCGACAACUUCUUCUCUGUGACAGGGGUCAUCAGGUCCAGUCCGAACAAAUCCUCCCAGCCCUGCUCGUCCUCACGCACAAAUGUACUCAAUGAGAAGCUUUUUCCCAAAGAAGAGCCAGAGGUUAUGAACGAGGAGGAGGAUGACGGCGAGGUCAGCCUGUUAGCUGCCCCGUUGGCGCUUAACCCUGAAGAGGAGGUUGACGAUGUAAGCCUUUUAGCUGCCGAGUUGUUACCCAAGCCAAAGGAGAAAGUGGUGGAUCAUCUGCAGGGACUCACAGGAGAGAUGUUUGGAGAUGAUGAUGAAUUUGACCGUCCUGACUUGGAAGAGGAGGUGGAGGCCCUGCCUGACGCCCACUUUGGGCUCUUGGGUAGCAGGAAGGUCUUGUUUGAACCCCAGGGCUGCAUGGAUGAUCUUCCAGAGGAGGUGCUGAGGCAAAUACUGUGCUUCGUCCCUGCCCAGGACCUCUACCGCAGUGUCAGCUGUGUCUGCCGUCACUGGAGGAACAUCGUACAGGACAACAAGUUCGUCCCAUUCAAGAAGAAAUACUUCCGCUACAUGAUGAGGGAGAAGGAAGCGGUGAGGGAGAUCUGCUCCAUCCUGAGGAACAGCCGCAUCACAGAUCCAGCAUCAUCCCAGCACAGCAUACGACACCUUGUUGUUUUAAUGGCCCAGCAUACGGUCAGAGAGCGGGUGAGGCCGGAGGAUGUUCUGGAGUGUGUAAAGAAACACCGCCUUUAUCCUCAGGCCGAAGCCUCCAUCAGAUUACGUGUUCCCGAUGUUCAGAAGUUGUUCAACCUUGGCAUUGAGGGUCCCAACCCGUACGCAGCCAUGGCGGUCAUAUUGGUCCUGAGUGAGAGCGUCUGUGACGUGCAGGCCUUGGUGUCUCUGCUCACCGGCUGCAUGUCGGACACCGCCAUCACAGAGUACCUCAGCCACAUGGCCAUGAUGUUGCUCGCCAUGAAGAGGAGCAACAUCAAGAUUAGUAGCCGGUUACACUACAACAUAUACUACAUACUUCACUUGAUGGCGAACGGCCCCUUUGCUGUCAGCUCCAGUCAGAGCCGGCGGCCUCAGAUUCAGCUCACAGGUGAACAGCAGCAGAUCCUCAGACACGACGUCCAGGCUGACCAUGUGGUCAAGAUCGUGGCUUUUGCAGGUACGGGGAAGACGACCACGUUGGUGAAGUACGCCGAGCAGCGGCCACACCUCCGCUUCCUGUAUGUGGCCUUCAACAAGUCGGUGGCCAGUGAGGCGCAGCGUCGUUUCCCCAGCAACGUGGCCUGCAAGACCGUCCACUCAUUGGCCUUCGCCGACGUUGGGAAGAGAUACCAUUUGCAUUCGAAGCUGACGUUCAACUUGAAGCCGUUCGCCAUCAACUCCGUUCUGCCCGAGGGCCGCGGCGGCUUCGCCAAUGCCAAAGUGGUGGCCACGACUCUCAACGCCUUCAUGGCUUCACCGGACGAAGCCAUCACCGUCGAACACGUCCCCAGCUCCCGCAAGGCCAAGAACGACCAGAGGGUGAUUAUAAUGGACGCCGAAAAAAAGUUGUUUGCACGUGAAGCGCAGGCGAUCUGGAACAAAAUGAAGGAUCUCAAUGAAACCAAAGUAGACGCCUACUACAUGAUCCACGAUGGUUACCUGAAGUUAUGGCAGCUCCAGAACCCCAAGCCCUGCUUGUCCGACCAAUACGACGUCCUUUUCAUCGACGAGGCCCAGGACUGCACUCCAGUCAUCAUGGAUGUGCUUCUGUCGCAGAACUGUGGGAAAAUCCUGGUGGGAGACCCUCAUCAGCAGAUCUACACCUUCAAAGGAGCCGUCAACGCGCUAAACAUCGUUGACCACACACACAUCUUCUACCUGACACAGAGCUUUCGGUUCGGUGCUGAGAUCGCCUACGUUGGUGCCACCAUCCUUAAAGUGUGCAAGGGGGUGGAGAAGAUUCUCGUGGGAGGAAAGCAAAAAGGCGGUGUGUGUGACCAGGCUGCAGACGACGUGGGAACAGCUUUGAAGACGGGUGUCAGUCUUUCCCCGGGGAAGACGGCCAUCUUGUCGAGAUGCAAUAUCACUGUUUUCACCGAAGCCGUCCGGCUCACCGAUUCCAACCUGCAGUGCCGGAUCCACUUCAUAGGAGGUGUCAACGGUAUCGGCCUGAAUCGGAUCCUGGACAUCUGGCAGCUGAUGGAAGGGUCAAAAUCCAUCAGAGAUCCUUUUAUUCGCUGCUUCGCCAAGAAUCCGCAUGCCUUCUGGGCCUUGAAGAAGUACGUCCAACAGACCGAGGACUUGGAGCUGGACGCCAAACUCAGCAUCGUUGAAAAAUACGGAAAGCGCAUCCCGGAGCUGGUGAAGCGCCUGGAAAUGUGCUUUGAAGAGGACUUCCACCAAGCAGACUUCAUAGUGGGAACCGUCCACAAGGCCAAAGGUCUGGAGUUCGACACUGUGAUGGUCACCGAUGACUUUGCCAGGGUUCCCUCUUCAAAGCACAACCUGCACCACAAUCCCGACUUCUCGUUCUCUGAUAUUGCGGACGAUGAGUGGAACCUGCUGUAUGUGGCGGUGACUCGUGCCAAGACCUCGCUGAUCAUCACCAACUCCGUCCGCCGGAUCCUCACAGUGGCUGGGGAAUACUUCCUGAAGUCCGAGAUGCCCGGCACCUUGAUGAAGGCGGGCGAUCCACUCCCGUGCUGUGUGUCCGACUGCCCCAACUGCACCACACCCGGCUCAGCGUUCAUCAUGUGCAAACAGCAGAUGAAAUGUUCCGACGGUGUGUCUGCAGGUGGCCCCUUGUGCGAGAGGUGCGUGUGGAGACGCAUCGGGCCGACUGCCUUCCUCAUGACCGACGACGUGCUCUCUAUGGCUGAUAUACCGCGAAUACUCGACCAGCAGGACCACCACAUGAUGCUCCACGCGCUUUUCUAGAGACUGCUCGUCUUUUAAGGGCUUCCAACGAAAACCGGUCUUUUCUUUUGUGCAUUGAUGACAAAGGGACUUUCAAGUCAACAGCCAGCACAUAACGCGAGGUGUUCGCAGACAACACUGAAACAGACUGGAAAUGUGUUUUCAAUUUUUGUGUGCGUGUGUGCGUUCCCCGUGAGCUGAAGAGAAUCAGAUGGUGUAAUAUCCAGUUGAGAUGCCUUUUUAUAACGCGUAUAGCUCCCAGUGGCCAUCAGUAGGACUGAGGUUUCAUUCGAGAGCACCGUGGAUUGUGUGUUGAUUGUUUGAGCUUUAAAAAAAAUCUAAAAGACUUACGGAAAAACUACUGGUUCUUGAGUUUUUCGCGGUAAAUCAUUAGAAAAAAAUGUGGAUUAUGAAUUCUUAAAAGAAAUUUACAACAUAAAACUUAAAUAGGUACAACAUUGUAUUGCUGAUGGAAGGAGAGUACAAGUUUGCAGUAGUAAUGGUGGGAUAGCUGUGGGAGUCACUUAACCAUGUCUACAGUUCUUCCUGCUCAACAGCUGCUCCCCAUCAACCCCAGCUUCUUGGGAACAAACACACAUUUAACAAAAAUGAGAAUAUAAAGUACUGAGCAAUGUACAAGAAGGCUACCCUAAACUGACUGGGAAAUUUGUUAACCACAUUUUUUUAUCAUGACAAGGAGAUUAUCUACACAGUAGGUUCCUGUGUGUUUUUUGGAUUAUGUAAUGCUCUUUUUGUAACUUGAGAAGUCACAGGACUUAAUUCCAGCGUUAACUCUUAAAUGUGUCUACAUAGUUAUGACUUGUAAGAUGAUUUUAUUAUCAGCAGCUAUAGGAGUCACUUAGUCCUUCAUUCGCAACACUCGACUGAUGUUUUUUGAAGAAUA